UGUUUAGAAGUGCGCCGCGGUGAUAAUUUCAGUUAUUCGGUGGAUAGUCUGGAGAAUGGAGGGUUUUGCUGUCUGCGGAUGAGGGACCGGGUUCUUGCAGUCGGCGACAGAGCUUAUGAUAAAUAGACAUUAUCAACUAUGUCGAACAAGUCCAGUGGCGGACUCGAGAUAUACCGGUAGAUGUGUUCGUAGUAUAUACUAGGCCAUGGUGCGGCGGGUGAAGGAUGGAGGGAUGUAUGCGGCCGGCACCGGCCCAAUCGAUAUUGCGUGAUUCUCGAUAAGUUGUCGCCAUCGACGUCACGCCUCCGACGUCUGUAUAUAACGAUGACCGGCGGCAUUCCUAGCGCUGGCCAAAUUUCUGUAAAACAAAUAGCGGCUCAGACGGACGUGACUGUCACCACGGGGGAAAAGAGAAAAAAGCGCCAAAAUGCCGACGGAAUUCAUUAGCCUAACCUUCCCCUCUCCUUCGACGGAGCUGGACCCGCUCCCCGAAACGGCCAUAGACCCGGACUUCCUCGUCCGGUACGCCCGGAAUCUGGAUGACUAUGCCUUCAACUACACCCUCGUGCCCUAUGACUCGUCAUAUUUUGACCCCUUCACCGUCGGCGCCACCAUCGCUUCCGUGACUAAGAAUAUCAAGAUCAUCAUCGCCCUGCGGCCGAACACGCUGUACCCCACCGUUGCCGCCAAGGCGCUCGCCACGCUCGACCAGCUCAGCCGUGGUCGCGCCGUCGUGCACUUCAUCGCCGGAGGCAGCGACGUCGAGCAGGCGCGCGAAGGCGACUUCCUGAACAAGGAGGAACGCUACGCACGACUCGAGGAGUACAUCAAGAUCCUGAAGCGGGCGUGGCAGUCGGCAGACCCGUUCGACUGGGAUGGCAAGUAUUACCAGUUCAAGCAGUUCACGAACCGCGUCCGCCCCGUCAACGGCAAGUCAAUACCCGUGUCGGUGGGCGGCUCAUCCGACGACGCGUACCGCAUCGGCGGCUCGCUCGCCGAUAUCUUCGGGCUCUGGGGCGAGCCCCUCAAGGAGACCAAGGACCAGAUCGACCGCAUCUACGCGGCCGCAGACAAGGCCGGGCGGGCCCCGACCGACCGCCCGCGCAUCUGGGUGACAUUCCGGCCCAUCCUGGCCGAGACGGACGAGCUCGCGUGGGCCAAAGCGCACCGCACGCUCGACGCGCUUAAGGGGAACCGCGCCGAAGGCAAGGGCCGGGUGCCGACGGACGCGCCGCCGCCGCAGAACGUCGGCUCGCAGCGGCUGCUGGAGAUCGCGAAGCGCGGCGAGGUACAGGACCGUGCGCUGUGGUACCCGACGGUGACGGCGACGAACGCGCGCGGCGCGUCGACGGCGCUGGUGGGGUCUGUGCAGACGAUCGUCGACUCGAUCGUCGACUACGUCGACCUUGGAUGCGAGCUCAUCUCCAUCCGUGGGUACGACAACCUCAACGACGCGAUAGACUAUGGUCGAUACGUGCUGCCGGGCGUGCGCAAGGUGCUGAAAGAACGGGAGGCCAAGGCCAACGGUGCUUAGUAGUCGUAGGUAAUUAGUCACGUAGCCGCCACGUAGCCAGCACGUAGCCAGCACGUAGCCAGCUACUCCGAAAUGAUAACGCGUCCAUAUCCCUGCUGAAGAAAUACCUAGACUUAUCGCACUUUCAUCAGGUACGUGACAUGAAUCAUGCCCAUCG